CACGAACAUACAUUAUUCCGAACAACGGUACGGUUUAAAGUGUAAGCAAGGUGACUUAAGUCUGUGUCAAUGGCGUGACUGGCAGCAACAGCUGUUGUGGAUAUUGAGACAGAUGUCACUGAAGUGUUAGACAACUGUUAUCAUGAGAAGAUACUUGACAUUGUUACUGCUACUUGCAGCAGUUGGACCUUCCAUUGCCACUUUCGGUAUUAUAAAUGAAGCUUUUGCCAAUGUCUUUGACAGCUGCAGCUGGCUCAACCCCAGAAUCUGUGGCGAUUGUCCACCAGUUCCGGACUGCCGUGUUCUUCCCGCCGUAAACUUAGGAUACUGUUGUGGAUGUAGAAGAUUUCCAUUUGACAAUGCGCGAAUCUUUUGUGCACCCGACCUGAUUUGUCCACCAAACAGACGAAAGUUGUGCGGAGACUACUAUUACCUCAUGGACUGCUGCUGUACAAAUGUCAUUUACGAUAAAUAAACGGAUUAAUGUGUGUUACC